AUGGUUGUGAUGUCGAGACCGGGACCAACAUUAAUAGGACGUCAAUGGUUAAAAAUUUUGGGGUUAUGGCCGUUAAAACAUUUAAAUGACUCAGCAAACGAGAUUGAUAAGUGCCAUAAAAUCGAUAAUGCUGACGUUGUAAAAGAAUUCAAAAGUGAAUUCCCGCGAUUGUUCGGUCCGGGCCCAGGAAUUUAUAAUAAAGGAAUGCUCAAAAUCGUAUUGAAGGAUAGUGCAGUACCGGUAUCGUUAAAGGCUAGGAGACUACCAUUUGCAUUAAUGGAAAAAGUAGAAACUGAGAUAAAUCGGUUGGUAAAAUUAAAGCACCUCGAAAAAAUCGAUAUUAGUGAAUGGUCGACACCGAUCGUGCCGGUUAUUAAAAAAGACGGAUCAGUAAGAAUUUGCGGUAAUUUCAAGCUGACGAUAAAUCCAUAUUUAGUAAUCGAUCGUCAUCCGAUUCCGUUAGUAGACGAAAUUUUCGCUGCGCUUAGCGGAGGAACGAAGUUUUCGCAAAUCGAUUUAGAACAUGCGUAUAUGCAAAUACCCGUCGAAGAAAGUUCGAGAGAUUAUUUAACCAUCGUCACGCACAAAGGGUUGUUUAGGUACACAAAGAUGACCGAGGGAAUCGCGUCGGGACCUGGCGACUUUUAG